AGCACCGGCAUCUUUUAAUGCCAGCGCUCGCGAUCUGAGCUAUCAGGACGUAUAAGCUAUGCUUCCCGUCGCGGCAGCGAUCAGCGCAACCACAUCCGCACCAAGGCCCAACGCCAAUGUCUUCGAUGUUCUGGGGUCGCUGGAUGCCACGUCCCAGGACACGCUUCUCCGCACCUUCCCUCGAGCAACCCUCCGGGACGUGCGCAUAAGCUGCAGUGCCGGUAGAGCUUUCGUGGAUCGGCAGGUCACUGCGCUGUGCCUGGACUACGCCAGCGUACGCAGCGCUGCCGCUGCUGCCGGGCCCAAUGCCCGCAGUAAUGACCCCCAGCAGCAGCGGUCCAGGGAAAGCGCACCGUGGGGAAGCGGAAGGGGCGGCGGUCGUGGCAGUGCACGCGGCAGGCGGGGACAGGGCGGCAAGCGUGGGCCCCGCGCUGGGACGAACAGCUGGGGCCCGGACGAUGAGGACGGCGACGACGACAAUGACGGCGGCGGCGGUCAUGGUACGGGAACCCACAUUGACACCCCUGGAACAGCAUGCGCCGGAGAGCCUUCAGUUCAGAGGCCGCGCCAGCUGCCCACGCUGCAGCACCAGCUUGCGGCGGCGCUGCCACGUUGGGACCGACUGACGGCGCUGACGGUGGUGCUGCGGCCGGGCCGCAGCCCCGAGCUGUCGGGGCGGGCGCCAGACGUGACGGCAGCGCUGCUACAGCCGCUGGGCUGUUCAUGGGAGCCGGGGCUUGCCGGCAGUAGCUGUAGCGCAGCGGUUCUCGGGGCUGCAGCACAAGUGCCGGCACCAGCAGCCGUAACAGCAGGGGCUGAGGCGGUUCCCUCGCCAGGAAGUUGCAGAUGCGGCGACGGCCAGGCCAACGGGGCGCAGCGAGUGCUCGGGUCCGUGGAGCGUCUAGCAGUGUGGUUUGAGGGCACCCUGCGCGGCCCACCGGACUCAGCAGGCGCGUAUGGGCAGGGCGGCAGGCGCGGAGGCAGGCGUGGGCGUGGCGGGGAACGCGGCCACCAGCCCCAGCCACUGCCGCUGCCGCCGCCCAGCCUGGGACCGGCCCUGGUGCUGGCGUUCCCGGGGCUGCGCUGCCUGGACCUGUCCAUCCGCCGCUGGUCGGAUGCCGCCUGGGUUUGGACAGGCGCUUCCGCCACGCCCCCGCCCGGCAGGCCCGGCCCCGGCUCUGCCUACAGCACCCACAGCAACAGCAACAGCAGCCAUAGCCACAGCGGCCCUAGCGGCACCACAUGCCCGCUGGUGGCGGCGCUGGCGGGGCUGCCUCGGCUGGAGGAGCUGCGGGUGCCGUCGGCCGCCGUGCUGGCGGACGUGGCCGGCCUCACCCGUCUGACGGCGCUGCACGUGACCGCGCGGCGCGGCGCGCUGGGGCCCGGCUCCGCCGCCGCGCUGGCGGGGCUGCCGCGGCUGCGGCGGCUGGUGCUGGCAGGCGAGGCGCGCCGUGGCACCGAGCAGGAGCAGGGGCAGGCGGAGGUGGAGGUGGAGAUGGAGGCUGGGGAGGCCGGGGGUAGGGCUGCUUGGGGCGCACCGGGCAUGGCGGCUGGUAAAGCCGCGAGUGCGGGAGCGGGCGCUGCAGCCGCAGCUGCUAGCCUAGCCGGCGCAUGGAUGCCAGCAAGCGGCGGCAGCAGCGCCGCGGGCAACCGGGGCGGCAGCGGCGGAGGCGGAGGCGGCGGGCCUGAGGAGCGGCUGCUGCGUGCUGACGUGGCGGCACUGCUGCCGCAGGAGCUGCUGCGCCUGCUGCGGUCGCCGCCGCCGGCACUGCAGCAGCUGCACUUCACGGAGCUCACCGGCAUGCCCCCGAACUCGGGGCUGCUCAUCGGGCCCCCGAUGCGGCGAGGCGGCAGCAGUGGCGGAGGCGGUGGCGGUGGCAACUUCCUGCCGUCCGGCACGCCGGCUUGGCCCAGGAGCACAGCUGGCAGCAGCGGCGGUGGCGCGGGCGGUCGCUUUGGCAGCGGCGGAGGGUAUGGCGGCAGUGCUACGGUCGCUGGUGCAGCGGCAUGGGAGGUGGCGGCACAAGCGCAGGCGGACGCGGCACGAGGUCCCAACGCGGCUGCCCGCCUGAGCAGCACAGGUGUGGGUCUCGCGCUCGGGUUUGGGGCACGGGCAAGCAGUCUGGCGGCAGGGCCGGGCUCGGGCAACGUAGCCGUGCUGCCAUGGGCCGAUGCCGCCGCGGCCAGCGCCGCGGCUGCUGCUGCGGAGCAGUGUGAGGCGGCGGCGGUGCCGCGCGUGGUGACGGUGGCGUAUGCGGAGGGGCGCACCUGGAUGGGGCCGCUGGGGUUUCUUGCUGCUGCCGCAAUGGCGCUGGCAGAGGGGCUGAGGGAGCAGUGCGGGCAGCAGUGUGGGGUUGCAGCGGCUGAGGCGGCAGGUCCACAGCCACAGCAGCAGGGGAGCGCGGCGACGCCGGAUGCAGCGGCCGCUGUGGAGAACUUCGUGGUGCGGGACCUGUGGGUUAUGCCCGGACGAAGGGGCAUGCCGCUGUCUGACGACGUGCGCGCGGCCCACCGGCUGAUGGCGGAGCUGCGGCGGCGCUACGGCUGCGUGAUGACGCUGCGCCACGUCACAGCCAGCUUCGGCAUCGAGCUGGACGACACAACCUACCUGCUGGAGGAGGUGGGUGCCCGGCUGGGUGCGCCCGCUGCCGUGUCGCUGACGGAUCUGGAUCUGUACGAUUUGGAGGCCGCGCCGCCCGCCCUCACAUACCAGCUGCAGCAGCAGCUGGAGGCGCGCCAGGCGGCGGCGGCCGCCGCCGCAGUGGCGCAACUGGGCCUCCCCACGUCGAGUGGCGGCGGCGGCGCCGCUGGGGCCAGGGGCCCGGCGACAGGCGCGGCAGCACCGCGGCGGCGGCGCCACAGCGACGGCGCGUUGGGGCCAGUCAGCCAUGCCGCCGUUAGCCGUGCCGCCGCGUUGGUCCACUACCUGCGCACCGUGUUCGGCCGCGGCGCCGGCAACCACCACUCCCCGCCCGCCGCGCCGCGGCUCGGCGUCCCGCACCACCACCUGCAAGCCCUGCCCGCCAACCCCCAGCACCACCACCCGUACCACCACCAAGACGGUGCCGCCAGCCCUGCUUCAACAGCCAGUGGCGGCGGCGGCGGCGGCGGCUUCAGCUAUGACAUGUCAGGGCCGCCGCCGCUGCCGCCGCCAGACCAGCAGCUGUCGCUGCUGGCACUCAACGGCUGCACCGGCUUGGGUGUGGACGUCGCCGCACAGUUGGCGGCGGUUCUGCCGGGACUGAGGCGACUCAGUGUAGGCUUCAGCCUGCCCCCUCAAGACGGUGCCGUUCUGGGACACCUGUGCGAGCUGCUGGCGGUGACCACCGUGGGCCGCGGGGGGGCUGGCGCUGGGGAGCCGCCGCUGGUGGUGGGCGUGUGCCCGCGCCCCACGGGUAGGAGCGGGCGGCGCGGCGGCGGCAGUCAGGCGGAGCGGCAGGAGCUGCUGGCGGAGAUGAACAGUCGCCUGGAGGGGAUGGGGGCGGGUGGCCGGGUGCGCGUGGCCUGGGCGAUGGAAGACGAAGCGGCCGAGCAGCUGUCGGAGGAGCAGGCGAAGGCGGCGGAGGGUCGCGCGGGGUGCAAGAGUGCCGAGGAAGGCGGGGAGCGGGAAGGGGAGGGGGAACGGCACAAUGGCAACGGAGGCAGUUUUGACGGAUGCGGUGCGUCUGAGGAUGACGGGGACGAGGAGGCGGGUGGUGGCGAGCGAGGGGAGGCUGGACCUCCUGUGAGCAGGUGGUGGGCGUGGUGAGGGUGAGGGAGAGAUGCUGUGGCUAGCUGCGUUUGGGCCUGCUGCCCAGCUGGGGUGCUCGCGUUAUCUGGGUUGAGCAUGGCUGCAUGUCCAGUGCGCGUGGUGGCUGCUGUCAUGCUGUGUGUGCUGGCGGCUCUGUUGUGAAGCGCUGCGGCGCUCAGGUCAGGUGUGAGCUCUCGAACGAAGCGGGCGCACCACACGGUCGCGGGACGCCGCCCAGCUUGUCCCAUCGCACCCCCGAAGCGGACACGUGUGCGAUGGGACAGGGGCAGGAGUAUCAACCUGGGGCAUGGUCUUGGACACGUAAAUUUGGGCGCCCAAAGAGUGCGCCCGCCACGUCUUGUAUGCUGGUGUGACGGUCAGGGAAGCAACUGACGCU